ACUCACAAAUCUAACAUUCGUGACCACCCCAAAAAUAUCUACUUCAUCUUUAUCCCUCUUUCUAGAUAUAUAUCUUCUCAUUGCUGCUAUCUAACAUGCUACUGCCAGCCUUAAUUUAGAGAUGUUGAACUUUUCCUACCCUUGAGCAUCUUUCAAGUAUGGUAGGAGGGCGAGAAGAGCGUUCAUGGACAGGGACCAUUAAUAUCAGUUUCCAAGUUUGGCUGCAAGUUGCAAGUCGGAGUUCUUUAUAGCAAGCCAUGGUGACUCCUCAAUACCGCCCACAUCGGCUGUUCCUAGACAUGGAAACCGCGAUGCCGCCAAUCAGCUUAAACAGUACUAUUGGCUCCUACACCAGUGAGGCCAAUUUUGACAACAACAUGGUCAUAGUCCUAGCAGCUUUGCUCUGUGCAUUGAUUUGUGCUCUCGGGUUGAAUUCAGCUGUCCGUUGUGCUCUAAGAUGUGGCUACAGUUUUGGUUUUGGGACCCCGGAGCAGACCCCAGCACGCCAGCUGGCUUCUACUACAGGCGUCAAGAAGAGUGCAUUGAGCCAGAUUCCAGUGGUAGCAUUUGGAUCGGGGCUAAAUCUUACCGUGACAGAUUGUCCAAUUUGCCUUGGAGAGUUUGCAGAAGGCGAGAAGGUCAGAAUUCUCCCCAAGUGCAGCCACGGUUUUCAUGCUAGGUGUAUAGACACAUGGCUGUUGUCAAACUCGUCGUGUCCAUUGUGCCGGCAGGCCUUGCUCGAUAAUACAACAAGCUGCAAUGCAGAAGAGGUGAAUUUCAUAGUCGGGUUGCCUGAAAAUGGGGCAAGCAGUGGACAACCUAGCUUGGGGGAGGGGGAGCGACAUCAAUGAGGUGACUGUAGCUUGAUUGAUCGCAGAAAAAUAUCUAGCUAGGAGGAGCUUCUGUUAUGCUCUCGGAAACUUUUGUAUUCUUCUGUCGGGUGAAAAAGAGAAAAGCUCCCGUGCCCACAUCCCUCUCUCCUGUACUUUUCCAUUUGCUUCUUACGAAGGAGUAUACAGCUCUAAAACUGGUAAAAUAAUAGCACUAGUUAGCAAAUUUGGUUUACACAUCACCUUUAAGACAAUUUGGAAAUAUUAGUAUUAGUUAUUAAUGUAGGAUUAGACCGGUCUAGUGAAGAGAUGUACGUAAAGUUUAAUCUAAUAAUGAUACUAUUUGACGAGGAUUACUGAUUAUGCUUUUA